AAAGGGAAGUAAGUUUUCCAAGCAGCAUAAGAGGUAUGUUAACAAGACAUAUCUAAUUGUUGUCUUCAUAGGCUGUCAGAGGAUUCAAUGAAGUUAAGUACAUUAAAAAUGACAGGUACUAUAAACUUAUUAUGAUGUCUUGCACUUGUUGGAGGCUAGAAAAAUGUUCCAGGGUAAGUGGCACAAGCAGUACUGUGAGAACAAAGAUUACCAUUAAUGCUCAUUGCAAUGAUAAAUAACACUUGGAUUCUGCCAAAGGCUUCCAUUCUUCCAGCUGUUGCUCAUCUCUGAUGGAAUCACUAGCUGUCACUUGGUGGAUGUUACCUCCUUACUGCCCAGUAAUUAGCGAAAGCCUAGUAGAGCUUUCAUGGAAGGAUUGGGAGACUCUAAAGGCAAAGCAGGUCAACUUCUUUUAGCAUAACACCAAUAACGUAGCACUUUCAAGAGUGAAAAUAAUGAUUUUUUUAUCAAGUCUUUUUCUUCUGGGCAUAAGCGUGGUGAUUCUGCUUGUUUUUCAGACACUUGUUUUUUAAAGCAAAUGUAUGAGCUUUACAGAGAAGCUGAUGUGAGCAGAUAAGACUCUUCCACUGCUAUCACAUGCUUUACAAGAGGACUUGACCUUCGGAAGGAGACAGAAGAUGUCCUUUGCCCAGCAAACUGUCCUCUCUGGCAAUUUUAUGUCUUUGGGGAUGGUGUCUAUGCCUCUCUUUCCAGUGUCUGCGGAGCGGCCAUCCACAGAGGGGUGAUCACCAGUGCAGGAGGAGCUGUAACAGUACAGACUCUCCCAGGACAGGAGAACUACCCUGCUGUAAAUGCCAAUGGGAUCCAGUCUCAGAUGCUCGGUAGAUGGGCUUCAUCUUUCUCAGUGACUCGUACCGAGAACAUAGCACUUGAAGCAGUUGGACGAUCAAUAUCAACAGCACGUCCCUCUACAGGCAAAAGACCCAAGAAGCCCCUUGAGAAAAAGGUUGGAAACAAAGAUUGUAAAGCUGAUAUUGCAUUUCUCAUUGAUGGAAGCUACAAUAUCGGUCAGCGUAGAUUUAAUUUGCAGAAAAACUUUGUUGGAAAAGUAGCUGUGAUGUUGGGAAUUGGAACGGAAGGGCCUCAUGUGGGAGUCGUACAAGCCAGUGAGCAUCCAAAAAUUGAAUUCUAUCUGAAAAACUUUACUGCUGCAAAAGAUGUUUUGUUUGCCAUAAAGGAAUUAGGGUUCAGAGGAGGCAAUUCUAAUACAGGGAAAGCUUUGAAGCACACAGCUCAAAAAUUCUUCUCUUUGGAAAAUGGAGCACGUAAAGGAAUUCCCAAGAUCAUCGUAGUGUUCUUAGAUGGCUGGCCCUCCGAUGAUAUAGAAGAAGCUGGUAUAGUGGCCAGAGAAUUUGGGGUCAAUGUAUUCAUUGUCUCUGUAGCAAAACCCACAACUGAGGAGCUGGGAAUGGUGCAAGACAUUGCUUUUGUUGACAAAGCUGUCUGUCGAAAUAAUGGCUUCUUCUCUUACCAAAUGCCCACCUGGUUUGGUACUACCAAAUACGUAAAACCUCUUGUCCAAAAACUGUGUUCACAUGAGCAAAUGCUGUGUAGCAAGACAUGCUACAACUCCGUCAACAUAGGUUUUUUGAUAGAUGGUUCUAGCAGCGUUGGAGACAGCAACUUCCGCCUCGUGCUUGAAUUCAUCAGUAAUGUUGCAAAAGCUUUUGAGAUCUCUGAUAUUGGUUCCAAGAUUGCAACCGUGCAGUUCACAUAUGAUCAACGUACUGAGUUCGGCUUCACCGACUACACCACAAAAGAAAAGGUUCUCUCUGCUAUCCAAAACAUUCGUUACAUGAGUGGUGGCACUGCUACCGGUGAUGCCAUUUCUUUCACAACAAGAAAUGUAUUUGGGCCAAUGAAAGAUGGACCCAACAAGAAUUUCCUUGUUGUUUUGACUGAUGGUCAGUCUUACGAUGAUGUCAGAGGGCCUGCUGCUGCUGCACAAAAAGCAGGAAUUACAAUCUUCUCUGUUGGUGUUGCCUGGGCACCUGUGGAUGAUUUGAAAGACAUGGCUUCUGAACCAAGAGAAUCUCAUACUUUCUUCACUAGGGAGUUUACAGGAUUGGAGCAGAUGGUUCCUGAUAUUAUCAGAGGCAUCUGUAAAGAUUUUUUGGACUCUAAACAAUAAUGCAAAAAGCUGCUGUUGGAUAUUACUUCUUUGAAACUAAAAUCAGGAAACUGAGAUGGUCCCUCUAAAGUACAAAUGUUUUAUUCUUAUAAUAUUCCAUCCUAAUAUAAGGGAUAAGUUACGACGGGCUACGUUCUGUUUCUGUGGUCAAUCAAAGAUUCUUGUGAGCUCAUUAGAAGUUGUAUUUGACAUGGGAAUGCAGAAUUUGGCCAACAACUAUUAUUUUCAAUACCUGUAUAGUAUCUUUCUUACACUUAAGGCUAUUAGAUAUCAACUGUAUGUAUAUAAAGAAAACAUAACAGAGCUCUGAAACUUGCGCUGUCAGUUACUAGAUGUCUUUUCAUGCGUUAAAAUUAAUAUAAUUUUAAAUACACAGCACUAACUUCUAUGAGCCUUCUGUAGCUUAAGAUUCUGUAUCUUUUCCAGGAGUUCUCUUGAUAGUGUGAAUAUAAAACUAGCCAUGGGAUAACAGCCAAGAUUUUUUUAGUGCUUCAGUUGUGCAACAUCCACUGCUGCCAAGCAGUCUAUUAAGAAGAUGGAUGACAGAUUGUAGCUAGACGGUCUGUUUUUACCAGUUGAGAUUUUGCUAUUUUGAAUGGUACUGCCAAUCUGGUAGGCAGACUUUACAUUAAAAGACUAUCUCACUUCUACCCAUUUCUACCAAUCAGUGCUCUUGGGUACUUUUGGCACAGACUUUCAAUGGUAUUUAAGCACUGUAGUUUCUUUUGAGGAUCUGGGUUCUAACAUAUUAAGUGUUACUACUGCCUACUACACCAAUGAAGUCAGUAGCGAUAUUCCUACUGCAUCUGAUAAUAUGGAUUUUUCCUCUCUACUGCCUUGAUUUUACAAAGUUGUUACUGGCUAAACAAAGUUCAAGACAGGGAUCUUUGGCAAAGAGAUUAAAUUAGACUGUGUACUGGAAACUGAAAGCAUUUAAAUUGAAAUCCAAAAUUAUCUUAAGCCUUGAAACUUAACUGGUUUAUAUCAGAUUACUUAGAUGGCUAGAAGACAAAAAAGUAGUCAGAGACAUAGGUGGAAACUGUUAAUUCACAGCAUAACAAUUUUCUAAUGCUAGUAAAAACUUUUUUUAAAAUGUGUGAAGUUUUCUGAGGAUGGCAAAAAUAGUUUUCUGCAAAAAUGACUUUAAAUUGAUUACAUACCUGGUAAUGUGCUGAUAUGCUGUUUGUAUGUGGUUUAAGUGAUACAAUAAUUCACUGAGUUCUUCCUGAUGCCUGGAGAGAACAAUGGACUUUAAGUAUUUUUUAGAUAAUUCUUUUUUUGCAAGUAAAGUAUGCAGUAGCAAACAAAAGCAGCACUUUCCCGUUCAGCUAUCAAUUGAGGGUUCCCUUUUGUUGUUUUUUUUUUGUGCUAUUGAAUGUAAAAUUCUUAGUAGUUGUGAAUGGUACAGAAGGGAUCGUAUUUAUCAAGCUUUUGUAGUGUAUUUUUUUUAAUAACUUAUGACUGGCUAUAUAUUACACUAAACAUGAAUGGCAAGGAUGCCUUGUAUUUUUCUAUUGAUUGCUAACCUUAAUUUUGUUAUGUGUUUAUAGCUAUUGCUGUAUAAAUUCAUAUGCAAUAUCAACUUUGUGCAAAAAUUUAAUUAAUUUAGCUAAAACUUAUUACAGAAGUAUACACAUUGCAAGAAAACUGGGAUUGCAGCUAUCUAUUUUAAUAUGCUGUAAUGUACAAGUCUAUGAUGAAGCUCAUGUAGCAGAGCUUGAAUAAGUCAGGUUUAUGUAAUGUGUGCUUUACAGUUUGUAUUAGUUUUAAUCUCUAAAUUGCAAACAAAAAAAAAAAGGAAAGAAAGAAAUCCCAACUCAAAACUCAAAAACUCCAACUCCAGAAGAGUUAUGUAAUAACCAGCCAAAAAAAAUAUUUGCAUCAAAAGCAAACAACUGUACUUCUUUACAACUUAACAUAGCAAUUUUGGGGGGAGGUGAGAGUGGGGGGAGUGGCACACAUGAAGCAGAAUAGUUUCAUCAAAACAAUAGUUUCUCCUACAACUGUUCUUAAUUACUGCUAUUUGCAUUUCAUAUUGCUGUUGUCACAUAAGUCCUCUCUUCUACUAUGUCCCCAUGCAAUGCAGAUAUUGUAUUCAUUUUCAUCUCUAUUCUGAAGAGAGCUGACAACAUUUUAAGCCUAGAUUUUAGGCCGUCUUUUUAGUGGGACAACUCACUAUCUUUACUAAGCUCUAUCAAAGUCACUGCUUUUUAAAUGCAGUGUUCUAGUUUUUCAGCACUUUCCUUCAUUUCAUUAGGCUCAAGGGUAUCUUAGCUUCAGAAAGCAUUGAAGCCACAAAAAUCCCAGAAAAUUUCUCUGUUGCACUCAAGUGCCACAGAAGGCCUGAGCACAUUGUUAAAGAUUCGAGUUGAUCUUCUUUGAUAAAGUGUCUGGAACUGGAGACUUAGGUCCUCAGCCCAGUAGAAUCAAUCCAAGGACUUACUGACUGGCUUUGGUUUGGACCUUGGACAGUAAAUACCUAGUUUUUCUGAGAAGUGGAAGUAGAAAAUGGUUGAACAGCUUGCAAUCAACUGCCAUUCAAAUAUAGACAUGAAGCAUAUGGAAGCUUCCACUGAACAGUUUGUAAUUUAACUGUGAAUAAUUUUCCAGUUAUAUAUAUCUAUCAACUGGAGCAUGCAUUCUUUUUUUCUCUUUGGCUUCAAUAGGAAUUUUGCCUCUGGCUUCAGCUGAAGGAACAAUAGGUCCUGAAAAUCUGCAGUCCAAAGGCUUAAUUGCUUGUUUGAAGAAAACUGCCCACUAUAAGUUUAAUCUCAUUAGGAUCAAAAUUUUCUUUCAAACAAUCAAGUUUGGUUAGUGAAGUAUUCUUGAUCAUGAACCAAUUUCUUUGCCUGAAGGGUAUUUAUUAAGUAAUGGUUUUUAUUACUCUAAAAUUUAUUUACAUUUACCUGUGUCUAAAUACAAAUGAAUGCUGUGUCUUUACUGUUCUUCUUUACAUCCCAGAACUGGAGUAGUCUGCAAAUCCUAGCAGGGUCAGCCGAACUCUAGCCAUCCCAUCAUAAUAAACUCUGACACAUCAAGGGA